CGUCCAUAGUCGAUGCUGUCUCGCAUCUGGAGACUUACUCUCCGCCCCAUCAACAGCAAUUCCUUGGUUUCAACCCAUUACAAGUCCUUGGUUUCUGCCAAUUACUUCAAAAUGACUUGGACGGCUCCUUUUAGUAUCUUUUCUAUGUGGUCUGGAACCACUGCCGAAAAGCCCAUACAGGAUGCCCAGGAUGCCCAGAAUAGUUCUAUUGCCAAAAGUAAUGACAAGAUAUCGCAUUUAGACUGUACUCGUCCAUCCUCCACUCACUCCAGUGAAUCCUCAGAUUCAUCCAUCGAGCUUACAAAGCUACAGGAUACUUCUGUCUUGCAGUCGGAUCCAUUGGUUGAUAGUACACAUGAUCAGCAUAACAAAGAUGAUGUCAAGGAGGGUGUUUUGUCUGCAAUUCCAGAUAAGCUCGAUGAUGAUCUUUUGCAGUCUAUUGACAAGGCAGCAAAACAACUGCCAUCAUCACAAUCCAUCUCGCAUCCUGAAUCAAAUCAGGCUCAAGAUGAUCAUAAACAUCACUCCACCUCCACACCAGACUUGUCUAUUCUCCGUAAACCUCGUGUUUUUUUUAGUUCUCGCAAUCGUGUCUUGCCUUCAUAUGAAGAAGAGUUGGAGGCAGACAACACUGUCGUUCGCGAAAGUAAUCCUCGCUGGUUCUAUAUGCGGACACUGCAUUGGCUCAAUUCAUGGUAUCACACCAUAAUGGGUCACACUGAUGAGCCUCGUUCUUCUGGAAUUCUCACUAGUGCUAUAGAUCGACUAACUCGCACUCCAUAUGAUAUUGAACGUGUUGCCAUCAUUGGUGUUCAUGGUUGGUUUCCAGGUAGGCUUCUUCAGCGUGUUGUUGGUGAGCCUACCGGUACAUCAACCCAUUUUGCUCAAAAAAUGGCAUUUGCAUGUAAAAACUUUUUUUAUGAUCGUUAUGGCAUUAAUCUACCACUGGACAACAUGACUGUUAUUCCAUUGGAGGGUGAGGGAAAAGUAAAAGACCGUGUCGAGCUGCUUUAUGAUCAACUCACGGAUCCAGCAAAAAAAUGGAUUGAUGCAAUUAGAAGUGCUGAUCUUGUGUUGGUGUCUGCUCAUAGUCAAGGCACACCCGUAGCAACUAUGCUGGUGGCUAGACUAAUCGAACAAGGCAUUCUUGAUCCCAGAAAACAACGAACUGGAAUUUUAGCAAUGGCCGGUAUUAGUCAUGGUCCAUAUCCAACUCUCAAAUCAAGUCUAAUAGUAAAAUAUGUCGAAUCUGAUCCAGCCCGCCAAUUAUUUGAAUUCAACGAUCCAGACUCUUCGAUAUCACGAGAAUACUACCAGGCUGCAUACAAAGUACUGUCGGCUGGUGCCCGUUUUAUUGCUGUUGGGAGUUGGUAUGAUCAGGCAGUGCCAUUAUAUUCUGCUACUCUGCAUGGAUUGCAUCACCCAAAUAUAUAUCGAGCGCUGUAUAUAGAUGCUGCAGACUACCAACCAGAUUUCCUAAGCCACCUUGUUGUAUUUGCUCUGAAACUUCGUAAUGCAGGAUUGCUUGAUCACGGUCUUAUUGUAUAUCUAUCCGAUGUUUUGGCUGGAAAUAUUUAUGGAUUUGGCACUCAAGGCCAUUACGCGAUCUAUGAAGAGGAAAACACAUAUACCGUUGCAGUGGCAUGGACCAUGGGCACCCGACAAAAUUGGUCUCGUCCUGCCUUGGGACACCUAAGUUCAUCUGCACAGCCUUUUGGCAUAGACUCGAGUUCCAUCCGACUUUUUCAACCGCCCAAACAACAACAAAUACAGUCAGAAUCAUUGAAAGAUUGUGACGCUUCUACUUUGACCACUCCUACAUCUUACGAGUCUAUUCUGCUAAGCCCACCAUUUCAAGCACCUCAGAAGAUCAACCCAUACCACUUGCCAUGGAUUAUGGCAAAAUUGACUUCUGACCCAAAGAUUGCAGCUAAUGCGAAGCUAUCAAGUGAUCUCGACAAUAUUAUUGUAUUAUUUGACUCUUGGGAUGUAGGUAGUAGUCGGAGUCUAAAAGAUGUGAAAUACAGAUUAGAGCCUCUCAAGUCUAAACUGUAAUCAUUUACGUCGAAUAAACUAUGGAUACAAU